CAUGGUCUCGUGCAAUAUAGCGCCGAAUGCUUGUGACUGCGAACUUCGAGCUCCGAUGAUUAAUAGAGAAUACAGCACAAAGAAGGCGAGUUUCGACAUGCUACGAGUAUUCAGAAAGACGUUAUAACUUUCUUGAGUGUAAUGCAGUGACAGUGCCAUGUUAACAACUGAUGUAAACUUAUAUGGAAUAUUUGCAGCCUAGAUAGAACAACAAACAGGAUCACAAUGGCAGAAGACGGCUUGAGUCCUGACGUGUUGGAUUCUCCUAAUACCGGCGACAUGCCAAAAAGAGGCCUGAGAAAUCGAGUGUGUAAAAUAUGCAAGUUCACCACAAGUGAUCCCAGGGAAUUUUCACACCACCAGAUAUCAGCCCAUGAUGAAGGAGCAGUGGAACACCUCAAACAGUUUACUCAGCAGGGGCGAAAGAACCCUAUCUCCUCCAGAUCAUCUCCACGCAACUCCACAGAAAACGUAUUUGAAUCGGCUAAUGGCGAUAACUCGUGUGACAUAAUCGGGGAUGUUCUUCUUGAGGAGGAAGGUUUUGAUGACUUAGAAGAGGGGGCAUACAUGCGUGUUAGCGGUGGACACACAAGAACUUACAGGUGCUCUCACUGUACUCUUACGACCACCAACGCAACAGAGUUUCUCCAUCACCAAGUAGAAGAACAUGAAGCAGACUUUCAGAUAUACGAGUGCCCUGUCUGUAACUAUGCAACUAAGUACAAACAAAAGCUUGGCAGACAUGUGAAAGUACAUUCACCGGCUGCGAGCAGACCUGGAUCGGCACCAAAGAUUAAAAGUGUGCAAGUAGACUCCACUUCUGAUGAAGGUUAUACUGAAGUUUAUGAAAAUGGAGAUCCAAAUGGCAAUGUUGAUGACUACAAUAAAUCUGCAGAGAAUGAUGGCAAAAAUACACUGUUAAAUGUUAAUGGAGUUAAGUCACAAGUUGAUGCCAAGGGGGCUUCAAGUAGGAAAAACAUCACUGAAUCAACAAUUGGACAAGCUCGGGGUACAGCUCAAGAUGGCACAAAUGGUCUUGGCAGUGGUGAUGAGGUGGAUUCAGAAGAGGAGGUCAUUGAAGUUGACCUUGAUGAUAUUGAAGAUGAAGAUGAGGAAUUUGAUAGUGAAGAUGAUGAGGACAUGAGCUUGGAGGAUUAUUCCACAAGCAUGGAAUCAGCCACAGUGAUUGACAUGCAGUCAAAUCUGCCAGUCAAAAAGAGGGUUGCUGUGGAAAAAUGGAAGUAUUUUCCAAUACAGUUAGAGAAAGGGAGAAAGUUUGCCUGCACAGCUUGUGGGAAGGCCUAUUCAUGGAAGAAGUCUGUCAACAAACACUGGAAGGACAAGCAUGCCAAAAUAACAAAGCCUGAAAACUUGCCCACUCUAAAAAUCCCUUCACUCACUAUCAAAGAUAAGACUCAGCCAGUAAAGUUUGUUCAUCCUGCUGUAGAUAAAAACAAGUUUCUACCAGUUCAGGAAGUAAAGCCUACAAAAGCAGUAACAGCUGCCACUGUAACUCUUAACCAAGGAAACCAAAAUGGACAGGGGUCAGCGAUCAGCUCUCCCUUAGAUCAGACAUCGCAGACCAAGGCUGUGCUAGAGGUAUCAACACCUAGAGUCAAUGUCCACGACAAAAUGUCUUCCACAAAGGUGUCUCAGGAGUCUCCUCCACCUGCUAGCAAAUUACAAACCUCUAGCAUCACCUUCCAAGCAGUUAACCAGCCUGCAGCUACCACUGCCAUGCCAGCAGUGUCUUACUCAUCACAGCCAGUCAGCCAGUUAACACCCAUUCAUAGGAAACCUGCCGCUCCGUCUGAAAUCCAACCCCCCAGUAGUAUGGAACACCUCAUGAAGUUGAUUCCACCACCCUCAAACAGUCAGGGCUUGAAUUCCAGACCCUCCAGUCAGGGUUCCAUUGAAGGACGUGGAGGAAUACUGACCCCACCUAAUUCCUUCUCAAGACCAUCUAGUCAAGGAUCUGUGCCAGAAAACCCAUUCCGUGAACAGUCACCAUCUUUGAACUCAAGCAAUAUGCAGGUUAAUAAUGAUGGUGCCUUAGAUCUCUCAGUCAGGUCAACCCCCCAAAAUCAGCCUCCUGUGAAAUCUGUACCCCAGUCUGCACCGAUAAUACCUGCGUACACUGCACAACCACAGGAUGAACCGUUAGAUUUCUCUGUGAAACCAUCCCCAAAGGUGUCAGUGCCGUCACAACAACAAACUCAGAACCUAUCUAGUGACGUGUCCACUGGGCGAUCGUGGACAUUACGGUGCAAGCAGUGCCAGAAAAACUUCAUGACCGAAGAACAGUUCAAUAAACAUUUUCAUGAAAUUCAUGUGCCUAACCUCAUGGCCCCUAUACAAAACCUGCCAGUCAAGUCUCCAGAAAACCAAGCUACUACGACCAGCAAGCCAGUGGUGAAUGCACCCAUUUUUAAAUGUAAUGUCUGUGGCAUAAGGUACCCAACCAAUAGAGGGCUCUCCAGGCAUAUGUAUGAAUCGCACCCAAACAUCCCACCCCAACACUACCAAUCACAGAAUGCAGCAAACCAGAUAUAUAGAUGUAAUCAAUGUAAUUAUGCCACCAAGUGGUCAACAGAGUUGGAAAAUCAUAAGAAGAAGCACAUUCAGUCCACACGAAACAAGUGCCCAUCUUGUGGUUUUUCCUGCCCCCAGAAGGCUGACCUUCGAAAUCACAUUCAGCGUUAUCACCCUUGGAUGAUACCAAAGAUCAGGUUCCCUCAGACCGAAAAUCAGAGUGGUAAUUUAAAUGUGCCAUCUGGACAAACCUGGAGUUCUCAGUACACUUGGAAUAGGGCAGCACACAGUCAGUCCACAUUCCCACUGCAACAAGCACCACCAUCCUACCAAUCAUCUGCACCCACUCAAGUAACAUCUAAAUCCAGUGUUGAAGUAAUCACAAUAGAUGAUGACCAGGGCGAGAGUGAGAUCCCCAGUGAAGAAGAUGGUAUAUCAAAGAUACAGAUUGCCAGUGUCCAAUCUCUGAGCAACUUUAAUUUUGAGAGCCAGGGUUUCACAGCUGAACAAAGUUACUCAGAUCAAAGUACUGAUGAAAUGAUGCAGGUCCAGUCACAGGAUGGUGCCACUGUGGACAUUGUUGUGCACAAGUGCCCCUUGUGUGAAUUCCGUGCAAGAUGGCCGUCAGAGAUAACACAGCACAUGAAGAACCAUUCUGAUGAGAAACCGUACCAGUGCCCCCGCUGUAGCCACUUUUCUAAGUGGAAGUGGGACAUCGUGAAGCACAUGAAGAAGUGUGGGGAUGGCAGUGGCACUAUUCAUGAUGUCGUGGACAACACGCUGGGUUCCACAGGUGAGGUAGCAAACACAAAUCCAAGCCACAUAUCAAAUACUAAAAGCCCCAGUCGAUCAAGACCAACAGUUCAGCAAUUACUUGCAGCCCGCAAGACUCAAGCUCUCAGUGGUGGCCCACCCAAUGUGACAGUCCUGCCCUCAGGGUCUGUCUCUAGUCCAGCUGGAACAUAUGUUCACACGCAGGGAGUGACAACAGAGGUGACAGCCUCCAACGCACUUGCUAUGAAGCAAGCUAUGAUCUCCCAGGCCACAGUGGCUGCUGCUCAGCCUGUGCUUCAAGGAGGGCAAAUGAUACUUGUGUCACCAGAUCAAUAUGGGAAGCUGCCCAUACCUAGAAUAACUUCUCCACCAGGAACUAAGACACCUCCAAAGGCCUCACUCAAGUCUGUUCCGCCAAAAUCCCCUAAAUUCACCAGUCUGAAUAUUGGAGGUCAGCACCAUUGCCUUCACUGUCCAUUCAUAGCAUCGUGCCCUUCUGAACUGAAGAAGCAUGCCUACAUCCAUUCAGAUGAGUACCCCUACAAGUGUUCUUGUGGACAGGGAUUCAAAUGGAGAAUUGACCUCAAGGAACAUGCUGACAGCCUGCUGCACCGCCCUUUACCCAGAAAGACCCAGACUGAUGUAACAGAAAAGCCUUCCAGUGAAUCUUGGACCCUUUCCUCGGUAUCAAACCGUCCUCCACCUCCACCCUACCCAGAGGCUAUACAGGCUAAGAAUGCACCAGAUGUAGGGUUCCAGCAAGAUGUACAGGGAAUUAAGGAUGCUUUACCCACAUACAGGUGCAGUGAAUGCCAAUAUGUCACCUAUAAGAAGCACUUGUUGGAGGCACAUGCAAAGAUUCACAAGCAACCUGGGAGGCCAACAGGGGGAAAAUUUAAAUGCAAGCGCUGUGACUUCCAGGCCCAAGACUUGUCCUCCUUUCUUCAGCAUCGAAUAACACACUCUUCCCUUUCAACUGGAAACAGCCCUAUCAAACCAUUAUCUGCAACAGGCCAAAUCAGUAAGAUGGUCACCAGCCAGGGGCAGACCUUGAAAGUCACAGACACCCAGACCUCAUCAGCCGGGACUGCAGUUACCUUCAAAAUGGAGAAGAAACAUCGCCGUAAGCCUCUGACUGUUUACAAGUGCCCCAAAUGCCCAUACAAAUGCUUUAAGAGAUCUGGAUUAGAACUUCAUGAAGCAAUGCAUGAACCAAGAGGAGAAGAUGCAUUUGUUUGUGACUACUGUGACUAUAAUGUGUAUAGCAUGAGUCUUCUGUCCCAACACAUGAAACUUCAUGGUGAAUUUGCCAAGAAUAAAGUUACUCAGCCUCAGCCAAGUCAGGUGCAAAAUGCCCAAAUUUCAUUGCAGCCUCUACAGCCCAUUUCUAGUCAAAGCACUUUUGUGUCCCCACAAGUGCCUGGUCAGGCUGUCUUCCCAGGGCCCAUGAAUCCCCAGGAGAGUACAGUUCAGUCCAGCUUGGGACCUGCAGUGUUUCCUCAGGCACAACAGCCUUACGUGGAGACCUCCACUACUGACUUUAUUUCCAGCAGUCAACACCAGCAAACCAGUUCAGCAGGGGUUACACUGCAGCAGCAGCAACAGCAGCAACAACAACAACAACAGCAGCCAAGUUCCACUGAUGGUGCGGUGUCAGGAAUGUACUGGACUUUUGUGCCAUAUUCACAGAACACUUCCACUGCAGCAGCUACCACAAACGUCUCCAUGGCUCCCAGCUCCAGUGUUGUUGUGGCACCUAGCACUAAUGUUGGCGUGACAACAGAUAUUCCAAGAGCAAUUGUGGUGCCAUCUACACCUUCCAGUGCAAGCAAGGUCAAGUCCUUCAGAAUGAUGACCCAGGAUGAACCCAAGGUCAGAAAGGUUAGGGUUAUAGGGGAAAUAAGCAAGUACCAGUGCCCCAGAUGCCCUUAUGUCACCAAAAACAAAGGGAAUUUUGAUAAACAUGUGCCCAUGCACUACAAACGUUUACGUUUUGUUUGUGAAUGGUGUGAUCUCAAUACUAAUCGCCUGAAUCUCCUGUACAGACAUGCCCUUAUUGUUCACCCAAGAGAGGCACACGCUGUAGAGAAGAAAGAAUUUUUCAGACGAGUGAAACUGAAGUCUACGCGUAAGUUCAAGAUGUAUAAAAUGGAGAAUGAGAAGAUGGUAGCCCAUGAUGUGAACAAGAUCAGCUCUUCCUCUUCUGCAACACCCGUCUCUUCUACUACUGCUCUUGGUUCAGCUGGGGUGAGCAUCUCAGCUGCUCAAGCCACUGCUGCUGUUCAGGCAGUGCAGUCAACACCCUUAAGCACCCUUAAAACACCCUUAAGCAGUGGGACCUCAAAGCUUGCACAAGAAUACACACCAGUUACCACCAUGGUGCAACAAACUAGACAGAAACUUCAAGGACCAAGCAUGGUACCUCAGAACAACACCCUGGGUAUGGAAAAGGGCAUGACUUUUCAUAAGAAGAGAAAAUUCCGUUGCAACAAGUGUAAUUACAUCACAGACAACCUCUUUAACAUCAGGCGCCAUGUCCAGAAGCAUGGCAAGGGCUACAGAUAUCAGUGCAAGUUUUGUGAUUACAGUUUGGAUCGACUAAAUUUGCUGUGUAACCAUGUCAAGCUUGUCCAUGGCGUAGAGAAUCCAAAACUGAGUGAGUCAUACACUGUAAAUCCAGAGGCCAUCAAUAUGUACAGACCUCGCAUUAAGCUUCCUUCAGUGUCACGUGUGAAGGUGCCUCCCACGAAACCUGGCAAAUAUAGGCCAAUUCUCCCUGCUCCAAGUGCCCCUCAGAUAAUUGGCACUGCUACAGUUAUUACCACACAGACCCAUAGUUUAAAUUUGGGCCAACUCGACCUGUGGAAAAACAAGCAUCGGAUGGCAGCACAGGAAACCAAGGUAAACAGUCUGUGCCAAUUGUUGAGCCAGUGCAGGUCAAGAUGGAAGGAAACUGAUGAAAUGUAUGGUCAGCCCCCACCACUGACCAUUGAACUACCAGUUGUUGAGAAUGAUAUGGCAGCUGAUACUCCUCUGAGUCCACCAGUCAUAGCAGCACAAACUCCACAGGAUCCAGUAAUGGGCAUUGAAACACCCUUUGGUUCCUUAGGCCCAACUUCCACAGCAGGUGUUCAGCACACCACUAUCAACAAGGCCCCAUCCUUUGCUGCUAAGCUAACGGAUAUAAAAUCUGGACAUGGAAUAGAAGCAGAGAAAAUGACUGAACAGUCCCAAGCUACAGGAAGAGUUCAUAAACCUGGGCCUGUGAACGAAGCCAUGGCCAAGCACCAGUGCCCCAAAUGCCCCUAUGUAAAUAAGCACAAAGAUUCGCUUCUAAAACAUAUUGAAAUGCAUGAGUACAAGGGCAGGUAUAAGUGCCAGUACUGCGAUUAUAGUCUCGAUAGACUUAACCUUCUCUACCAGCAUCUGCUUGUGCAUGGGAACACAGACAGUGGGUAUGCACACAAGAGAAAACGGCAGAGAAAAGCAGUUGUGGCACAACCAUUGUUACAGAGAUCGAAUAAGGGCAGGAGAAAAGUAAGAGCACUGAGACGAAAUGAGCAACCCAGUCCAGUUAAAAUUGAACCCAAAGAACCAGUGUCUUCUGCUUCUGCUGUCGGCGAUUCUGUGGAAAAUGAGCAAAAUGCCAAUGAAUCUGGUGACGCCAAGCAAAAAACAUUCAAGGAGUUCACAAGGGAUCUCCUCAAUAGACCGACAGUUGAAAAUGUAACCCUGAAAAGUGGGAAAUCUUGGCGACACAGUUUUAUUCAAGAGGCUGAGUUUUUCAAGACUGGAUCCCAUAUACGUGUCAGGUAUAGGUGCCCCAAGUGUCCAUUUGCCACCUUGUGUAAGAAGCUCAUGCUGAAACACAGACACCAUCACAUAUGCAAAGCCAAGUAUGUGUGUGAAAUCUGCGGGUAUGCUGCUAAAAAACCGACCCAUCUUCAAAAACACAAACGCCUUCAUGAAGAUAACCCAGAUUUUCAAUCCAGAGAAAGCACACCAAUUAGCAACAGCGCUAGAGAAAGCACCCCGCUCAGCGGCACUGAGAGCAUCCAGGACAGUAAACCCAAGAGUCAAGUGAAUGAGUUGGGAAACGAUGAUGAUAAGCCAGCGAGCCGCAUUGAUUAUGAAGUGAAUGAGAACAAUUUUGAAAGCACUACAGAUAUGUAUAAUAGUAAUCAAGAUACGUCUGCUGCUGUGCAAAACCCAACAAAGACAUAUGGCUUAAAGCAACGCACAUACAAAUGUCGCCAGUGCCCAUUCAGCAGUAACUCUAGCUUUGAGUUCCGUAAGCAUGCCCAUUUUCAUGGCGCCAUGAUGAGGUAUCUUUGUGACUACUGUUCCUACAGCGUUGAGCGAUUUAAUCUGAUGUUCCAGCAUAGAAAAAUGCACAUAAAUGAGCCGAACUUUGAUCCCAGCCCCCCUCCUGAUUUUCUGUUGAAUCCUCAGAUGAGUUUCAUGCAAUCCCCAGCAAAGAAGAAAAGACGGACUGGACCCCAAAUACCGGGUGGUCCUUUUCGUAGUUUGAAAAAUGAAUUUUUAGAAAAUAACCCCGAAGUUGGGGGAUCCGACUCCUCAAACGCCCUACAAGAGGACACCGCCCAAAAGAAUUAUCUUGUAAAUGAAAAUGAAAGCAAGCUGCCCGAACAAGCGCCAAAGAGACGAAGGAAGAAGAAGCGGUUUGGCCUGGGACUCGGGCUUGGCCAGCGUGUUGGAGCUGCACACAAGUUCCAGUGCUCAAACUGUCCAUACAAGAGUCACUACCCAAGGAUAUUUCGGACUCACAUCAGCAUGCACGGAUCAAACCAGAGGUAUAAAUGUGACUACUGUGACUGGAGCGCUCACCGUCUGAACUUCGUCAUGAACCACCGAAAAGUUCACAGAAUUCUGCCAACGUUUGUCCAAUCACCAAGCCUAGCGGUGUUUGUGAACACUAACGCAAACACAAAUGAGGGGACCGUCGCAUCCAAAGCAACGGAUUGGACUCAAACAUCUGUGGAACAGUGGUCGGCGCCGCCACCGCCACCACCACCACAGCCUUCAACAGGCCCAUCAACAGCUGCCGCAAAGCCUAGAGAUACAGUAUUCAAGUCUGGGCUAUAUCCUUGUCAACUGUGCCCUUUUUCUUGCGACAACGUCCAAAAGAUGUAUAGGCACAGAAUCCUACACAGCAAACCUGGUAGAUUUAAUUGUAACAAGUGUAGUUAUAGUGUAGGGCGCCGCAAUUUGCUGUACCAGCACCAGAGACUUCACCAAGCGGCAGAGGUAGGCAGCUUGCCGGCCUUGAAGCAACGGAAACCUUGGAAGCGUUUACGCUGCCAAUACUGCCCUUAUCACACACACAGCCGCUUUUUGUUAGACAACCAUCAAAAGAACCACACCUCUGUUGGCAAGUACAAGUGCAACCACUGUGGCUAUAGCGUAGACCGAUUAAACCUGUUGCACCAGCACCAGAAAUUGCAUAGAAAACCAGUCUGUGAGGAACAACAACAACAGCAGCCUAAUACCGAUUCUGGGGCCCAGUCGCCAGCUGUGGUAAAGUCUGAGUUCAUUCAGAGCGCACCGGAAGCUCAGACCAAAAUUUUAGUAUCGUCAGUGGCACCGCGCGUGGGAAAACACACAGCAAGGAAGUCAAUGAAGCAGUCUUCCGGAUAUCUUCGACCCGCAAUGACCGGCUAUCCAACUCAUACUCGUCGGCCGUAUAAGUGCAACAGGUGCCCAUAUUCUACAACCAACAAAAACAACCAUGAAGUGCAUGCCUCUAUGCACGGCGUCAACAACAAGUACGGUUGCCCUUACUGCGAUUUCUCCUGUCACAAAAUGUACUUCAUGACCGUUCAUAUUCGUCUGCAUUUUCCAAAUGGGCAACUCAGUGACGAUACCAUAAGACGCAUGGCACAGUGCUCCAAAAGUAAGCCAGUUGUUCAGCUGACGAAGAUGGGGAUGUCCACCCCGACGGUCAAAGUGCCAGCUGGGGAACAGGUACACGGCGUCGUCCCGUUUGGCGCCUUGGAUGAGCAACAUGGUUCAUUGCAGCAGACCAUGGUUAUCUCCCCGGAACCGGCACGUGAACCUUUCAGGAAUGACGAUGGUAAAUUCGUCUGCCAAUACUGCGACAGGUUGUUUGAAGAAAAAGACGCCGUGCUGCGACAUGAAAAACAACAUUUGAUUGGCUAUCAGUGAUUGGCUUAUUUGCAUCUGAAACGCCGUCUGAAUCGCUUUUUCAGUCGUAAUUUUUGGCGAAGUCUAGGGAUGUACCUUCCAUACAUUUCAUGCUCUCCUAGCGAUAUGUUUUAUACGGCCAGUAGAUUUUUUUGCUCAGUACACUGCGAUUCUGCUUUGGCUUUUAGUUGCAAAAGCGGUGCUAAUUCUGCUUCUACUUGCAUUGCCGUUUUUAAUCACAGGAGUUGCCAAAGUAACAAGCUCUGUGUAUGCCACGUCAAUAAAAUAACAGUAGGAAAGACGAUGUGCAUUUAAAACACAGAUACAACUCGAUUUACGUGGGUGGGAUUUCACAUUAGCAACUCCGUUGUUUUUUGUAGGGAAUUUUAGUGACUGUACAUUGAACAAAUAAUUUGUAAUCUCAUGUUUCCAUAAUGAAUUAGAAUAUUACAUUGAUUUCUAUAUAUGAUUAUUAUAAUCUUUAAUCGAACAAGUCGAGCGAUAUACAAUCGUUAUGUAGCUGAUAUUUAUUUUAGUAUUGUAUCCCAUGUAGAAUUAUUGGUUUAUUUUAAAUAUUUUAGUGUAUCAUAUGCAUAAAGCGUUAUAUACCGCAUAAUGAAUAGCGUUAGAUAGCAACGGACAUUGGGUGAGUUGAUGGUCAGUGACAUAGCAAUGAGGGCUGACCGGAAGCAAUCCUCUGGACUGUCCAGUUUCUCAUACUUUAAACGCCUAAGCUACGCCGGUAAGGAUCUACCAAAGCGUGCUUUGCGCCAGAAAUUACGUUGCUUGGAUAUCGAAAUUGGUAGCACAGUGCAUGUAUCAUGUACGUCAUCUUUGAAAAAUUGGAAUAGCAAUAACCGUUUUGUUUGCAAGAAAUAUAAGUAAUAGAAAAACGACCUUAAAAAUCAGCAUUCCAUUUUGCGUGUGAAUCCAUUCCUUGUAUCUGAAGUCAACCGAUCCCCAGCGUUAUGCACAGUUAAGUUUAAGGAUUAACUUUGCAUCAUUCUUAGUAGAUAAAGGCAAAAAACAUUUGAAAUCUAGUUGAUCAUAAGCAGUAAUUAGUACAGACUCACGCGAUGUCUUAUGGCGAAGUUUUUAGAAGUAACAGGUAAAUUUGAAAAGUUCAUGAACGUCAUUAUCUUAAAAUCGUAUACAUAACUGAUGAUAUUGACCACAAUAAAUGUAGACACAACCGAUUAUCUCGCCACAAAUGUAUAUAACUAUGCAAUGAAAUAAAAUUAUGUUACAAA